AUGCAAUUCAUUGAGCCACGAGAUGUGGCUGUGUCUGUGUCCGAGGACUCUGCAACCAUCUUUGUAGCCGACGCUGUUAACUGCCGUGUACAAUUCUUCAGGAUGGCAGAUGCCACGGCAGAUGCUCAACCACUGGGGGUGUACACUAUCCCAAACAUGCCUCUCUCACUCUGCGUGGGCAACCGCGAUCGCGUUUUCGUGACUGAGAACCUGGCGAACCAGUUCAAGAUUCUCUCGCUGAAGUGCCAAGAGCGCCAGUUAGAGGCAUCUGAGCCACAACCAAUGCAGACACCAGAACUCGCGUUGUUUAAUGUUUGCACCAACAAAGAAAAUGCUGGCGUGCAAUUGAACCGAGUGAGGGGACUAACGUACGACCCACAGACACGAUAUGUUCUGGUCACAGAAGAGGGGAACCCUAAAAUCUGUGUAUUUGACAGGGACGGAGGGUAUGUGGGCACCGUCAAGCUACCAGGAAAAAAGACUAUGCAACUGGUCGAUAUAUCAGCUCUCGAUUCCCGUGUAGUACUUGUAGCUUACAAAGGCGAAAAGUACGCCAUUUCAGUACUGAACAUUAUGUGA